CUGUCACAUAUAUGGACCAAUGGUGACAAUAAGAUUGUGUAAGUACAAUGACUGUAAAACAUUUUGAGUUUGGAUAUCUGGAUAUGGACGUUGGGCUGGUAUUGCUCUAUUUGUGAUUGGACGUCACGUCAGACUGGUUUUGGCAAACCCUGCUGCAGAGCAUCAUUUAUAUUUUCACAUUUGUUAGUCUGUGAGUAUAGAGUACAGUUUGACGCUGAAACCCAGAGAUCAUCAGGAAUGGCCUCAAUCACAGUUCUCCUCCUGAUUUCAGCUCUAUCUUCCUCUCAGAGUGAAAGUCACUCUCUAUACUACACACACAGCGCUGUGUCUAAAUCUCUGAUGUCUGGAGAAGUGUAUGAAUUCUACAACUCAGUGAAACUCGAUGACCUACACCUGAGUGUGUGUGAGCGUGUGAAUAAAGCAGAUUUCAUGACUCGGGUGUGUGAGGAAUCUGAGGGACUCUUUAAUGAAAGUGAUGAUCUGCAUUAUAAACAACAGUGGCUUCAGAUCAACAUUAAAACACUGAUGGAUCACGAGAGGAAUGAGAACGGCACACGGGACACGGAUCUUCAUGUUCUUCAGUGGAGGCACGGCUGUGAGGUUGAACGUCGCAAUAAUGGUUCAGUGAUGUUACUUCAAGGCUCUGAUGAAUACGCCUAUGAUGGCGAGACCUUGACCUUUGACCUCUCAGUGCACUGGAAGCCUUUAGUCCUCGACCAUGACAUCAUCUGGGACAGAGAAUCAGUGUCCAGCCUGGAGAGGAGAUGUGUGGAAACAUUAACCAGAUUCACUGAACUUCAGCGAGAGAGAAACUUCAUCAUGGAAUCUCGUCCUCGUGUUCACACUGGUGUAAAAGCGUCUGGAUCUUCCGGCUCGUCUCUGCUGGUGUGUUUGGCCACAGGCUUCUACCCUAAACAUGUGCAGAUGGAGAUCAGACGUGAUCAGACGCCGUUCCCUGAAGAUCAUCUGAAGUCAGAGGGAAUCAGACCGAACGCUGACGGAUCCUUCCAGCUGAAGAAGAGCCUGGAGAUCCUGCCGUCUGACACAGCCCAGUAUCAGUGUGUGGUGAAGCACCAGACUCGGACUGAAGCGCUCGUCAUCAGCUGGGAGGAAGUGAAUGUCCUGCUGCCGCUGCUCGUCGGCUCUAUAGUUUCUGUAGUUGUUCUUGCCAUCAUUCUUCUUGUGUUUUAUCUGCUGAGGAAAUGUGUUAAACGUCGAAAACCACCAAAAUUACCAGAACCACCAAAAUUACCAGAAUCACCAGAAUUACCAGAAUUACCAGAAUCACCAGAAUUACUAUCAUUAAUAUCAUUUCCAACAUCAGAAUCAUCAGAUCUUUUAGCCAGGAAUUACGCAAUUUGUUUACCAGGAAGUGUGCGAACGCUCCAAGAUGAAGACUCAGAACUGAGUGAAAUGGAACUGUGGUUUACUGACCGGUUCAGACCAGAAACAUGUGAAGCUGCUUUACACACUGAUUCAGAAGAAGAAGACCCUGCAGAUCCCAGUGUGGAGGAGGGACACACUGAGGAUCUUCAUGACACUCAGAGUCUCUGUGAAACUGAAGCGACUGCAGCAGCUCGAGGUGCGAUGGGCCCCAAAAACAUCUCUCUGCCUAAUGUUGCCAUGGAGAGAGAAGACGCAGAUCAGAACACCGUUACCCAGAAUGCACUGCUGUUACCACUGCCAAGACGCUGCAGAUCCAAGGACAUUUCUCUGCCAAACCUCACUCAAGACAGAAAGGACAGCGAUGACUCCAGUUAGAAGAUCCAGGAUGAUCGGGUCGUUUUGAAGAAUCAGAUCUAGAGCUUUAUCCUCAU